ACGCAUUGACCAAACAUCUCGCUGUGGAGUGGGGACAUCAAGGUAUUCGUGUAGUUUCCCUCUCCCCUGGACCAGUAGAGAAAACGGAGGGCAUCCGAAGACUAGGUGGAGAGCUCCAGGAGUCUAGUGCAAGUUCAAUUCCCCUUCAGCGAUAUGGUACCAAAAAGGAGAUCGCUGAAGGCGUUCUGUACCUAGCUAGCCCUGCUGCAGCCUACGUUACAGGAACAGUGUUUGUAAUGGAUGGUGGAUCCUGGCUUACCAGUGUCAAUGAUUUUAGUUUGGCAAAACCCUUGCUACACCUUAUGUCAAAGAU